AUGCUAUUCAGGGCGCCUGAAGGCCUAAACUCUGUUUGGUGGGUAAUAGGACAGCCCACCACGAAACAAGAAGCCUCUCUUUGGCACCCAGAGCCAAAACAAUCGGACAAAGGGCUGCAGACCCUAGAAUACAACCCUUCUAAUAUACGCGAAGACCCCUUGGAGGAACCUCAGAAUCAGCAGCUGCCACCCACUGAAGCUGCUGGGGCAAACGGGGGCGAAGACUCCCUAGAGGACUCACAGCCGCAGGGGCACGUUGCAACAGGAGAUGGAGGUGCUUCGGGAGGCGUUCUUCAGCCCGAAACACCACUUGACUCCGGGCCCUCCGGAGUAGCAACGCUCGGCAGUCCGGAUGGAGCAGGCGCUGCACAAGAGACGCAGCCCGGUGCAUGGGGUGGUGCAGACAGCGGUGACGACCUUCAGGACGCACAGUAUGGAGAUCUCAGCGACUCAGAAGAAAGUGCCUGGAGCGACAGCCCUCUAAGCGACGAGCAAGCCGAGAAAGAGGAAGCUGCCGCUAAAUUGGAAAGAGGCGCUAUCUCUCCUAGCGAUUUGGAAGCCUCAUCCUUGCCAUUUUCUGUUCUAGUGAAUGCAGUGUUGAAGAUCAACAGGCGCUACGAUGAAUGCAGCGAUACAAGAAGGUCCAUAACUAACGCCGAGGAAGAGCUGAUGUCCCAUGUUGUCGACCGUUGGCAAGAGGCGAACUACGCGCCCUUCACGAUCGAAGGGAUGCUUGUCAGCUCGCAGGAACAGCAGGUCCUUUUACGCGCUGAAGGGCUGACUCCCAACCUCAUAAAUGUCUAUCUCCGGGCUCUAGAGGUCAACAAAACGCCGUUGCACACUCCACAUUUCUGUCGUAAUUGUCAUUGCGUUUGGCAAUCCACCAGGCGCAAAAGGCCCAAACUGACCAGUCUCAGCGUUGAGAUAUCCUCCAAGCUGCUGUCCCCCAGUAUGUCCUCGGAAGACACUGGAAUUCUUCUGGAGGAACUCGAGCGACAAAACGUUCUGAAGUCCCAGGUGGUCAUUUUGCCCGUCACGUUGGGACCGACGCACUAUGCAACUAUCGUAGUUGAUAUCAUCAAGGGGCCACGUGCAGCCCUUUUUCUGGUACGAUGGUACGAUCCUUCUCAAUCAUCUGGAGCUAUACCGAUCCAAAAUACCCUGUCGGUGCUAAGAGCCUAUAUACAGGAGCACGGUCUCAGAUUUUUCAGCCUUCACCGUUCCAACUUCGUACCAGAGCCUUCCAUCGUCGGGCAGUUUGACGGGAGAGACACUGGAGUUCUCACUUGCAUGAUUGCAACACAGAUGGCGGAGGGUUGCAAUCCUGUGGCGUCUAGUGAGGAUAUGCCCUACUUCAGGAAGCAGCUGCUAUUGAAGCUCGACUUCGCCAGCCGCUGGAAACGGAAAGCUGUACAGCAGUGA